GGGAAGUGGAGACCAGCUGCGGCCGCUAGUGCUGCUGCCUGCUCGCCGGCUACUCCACGGGCCCGGGGGCUGGAGCGCGCCGGGGGACCCGAUCCACGCACAGCAGCGCCUGUCUCGCCGCCCCCCACCCCUGGUUCAAUGGAUUUAACAAGUCAACCAUGUUCCUUAAAAGAUGACUCUAUUAAUCUGAAAGUUACUGACCAUUCUGGCACACAGAUAGAUGAGAUUGACAAUCUUAAAGAAGAACUAGAAAAAUGGAAGGAAAGGCUGGAAAAAGCUGAAAAACAAAAAGCUGAGCUCCUUCUUUUGAAACUAAGUGUUGAUGAAAAGAGAGACCAGGCACGAGAUGAGCUGAGAAAGCUAAUGGAUUUAGAAGAGGAGCAAUAUAAGGAGAGCAUGAUAAAAAAGGAAAACCAGGAGAGAAAUCUUACUGUAGUAAAGCAACAAAAUAUUGAGCUGCAGAGGGAGAUUCAGAAGCUCAAAGAUGACCUUGCAGCAAAGAGUUCAAAGCUUUCACAGGAUUUUCGGAUUAAAAGAGAGAUACCGAAAAAGAAAAUGAAGUUUACUAGGAUGGAAAAUACUGAGAGUGACGACACAUUUUUGAAUACUUGCUGCCUUUUUCACAUAGCUGCAAAAAUUCCAUUCAGAUUGCAGCAAAGACAAGCUCUUCUCACUUUUGAAGCGGAGGAUGUUGCCCAGAAACUGAUAAGAAGAGGUAAGCAUACUGUGAGCCUGGAUAAUGAAAAGAUAGAGUUGAAAGCAAUGCCGGUUACACUAGAAACAGGAGUCAAAUUUGAGCUCCAUGUAACAAUUUCUGGAGAGAAGAUCAAUGUUUCUGAAGUACCACAUCUACCAAUACCCGAUGAGUGGAUCAGAGACAAAAUAGAACUGAAUUUCUACAAAUCCAAACAAGGAGGAGGAGAAGUAAAGGAUGUGAGAUAUGACAGAAGGUCUCGCACAGCCAUUAUUUCAUUCCUCAAACCUGGAGUUGCUGACAACUGUGUGAGAUGUACAAAGCAUCCUUUCUGCAUAAAUGAAAAGCGCUUUAUGCUUUCUGUUUCCCCAAGCAUAGAAAAGCACUUGGAAAAAUUUCAGAUAUUUUCUGGGAUUUCCAAGAGGACCAUGCUGCUGUCAGGAAUCCAAGAGGUUGAGGAGGAUGAGGAGAGCAUGCAGGACAUGAUUGAAAUUCAUUUUCAGAAGCCUAGCAAUGGCGGCGGGGAAAUCGAGAACAUCAAAUAUGUAGCAACAGGAACCAAACUAGCCUAUUUUGAGGAAGACACUGAGAAUGUGGCAUGAAGCGUUACAGCUGGGACUUUCAGUUUGCCCAGUGUGACACAGUAUAAUGGAAAAAUGUUGCAGACUUU